CCGCCCCGUCCACCGCACAAACGUCCUUCGUCCCCCCUAUUUAAGGCCGUCCCCUCGCCGCCGCCUCCGCUGCCACGGACGCCGACGCAAGCCCAGCCACAAACCCCCACCCCGCCGUCCGCCGCGGCUUCGUCCGGGAAGGAAGGAAGGCGGGCAGCCGGGAAAGGGAAGUUCCCCCUUCCCUUCCCUUCCGUUUGAGGAGCCCUCCAGACCCUUCCGCCAUCCGGGUUGUCUCGCCGGGUCUGGCAUCACGGCUGCCGCGGCGGACCCCGCGCGCGGCGCCCCGGCUGCGCAGGUGGAGCCGCACGGCGGACGCGGCGCGCUACCCUCGGCCGGGGGCAGCCCCUCCGACCUCCUCUUCCUCGCCGGCGGCGGCCGCCUCCUUCUCUGAUUGGCUGCGUCGCGGGCCCGCCUGCGGUGACUGCUAACCCCGCUUAGGCACAAAUCAGUAACGAUACCCCGUAGACGCUAGAAGCUGUUGGAAGGAGGAGAUGGAGGUGAAGCUGACGAUCAAGAGGGUGCCGACGGUGCUGUCCAACUACCAGGAGGAAGGAGGCGGUGCGGGCUGCGGCCGGAACUGCCUCGGGGAUUGCUGCUUGCCUGCUUCCAAGCUUCCCCUCUACGCUUUCAAGGCCAGCAACCAAAACAAGUUUGCACAGGAGGAUGGGCUCCCCACCGAUUUCUUCCUCAAUUCUCUCCUCCUGGGCCAGUGGGAGGACAGGAUGGCCCAAGGCCUAUUCCGGUAUGAUGUCACAGCCUGCGAGACCAAGGUCAUUCCCGGUGAACUUGGAUUUGUUGCACAGCUCAAUGAAGGCCGCCACCUGAAGAAGCGACCUACCGAGUUCCGUGUUGACCGUGUGCUCCAGCCAUUCCAUUCUGCCAAGUUUAACUUUACCAAGGUUGGCCAGGAGGAGGUUCUGUUCCGGUUUGAGAAUGGUGGUGGUGACAGCAGUUAUUUCCUUGCAAAUGUCCCAAACACCGAAAGUAGCCAUCCUCCCAGCGUUGUUGCGAUCAAUGUGAGCCCGAUCGAGUAUGGUCACGUGCUUCUCAUUCCUCGCGUGCUUGACCGCUUGCCUCAGCGAAUUGACCCUGAAAGCUUCCUGCUUGCACUGCACAUGGCAGCUGAGGCUGCAAGCCCAUACUUUAGGCUUGGUUACAACAGCUUGGGUGCCUUUGCCACUAUCAACCAUCUCCACUUCCAGGCAUACUACUUAUCAGUACCUUUUCCUGUUGAGAAAGCGCCUACCAAGAAGAUCCCCCUUGCCAAGUGUGAGCUCAAGAGUGGAGUAAAGGUGUCAAAGCUGAUGAAUUUCCCUGUGAGAGGGCUGGUAUUUGAGAGAGGGAACACACUGAAAGAUUUGGGUGAUGUGGUUACCAAUGCUUGCAUUUGGCUUCAAGACAAUAAUGUUCCUUUCAAUGUCCUCAUCUCUGAUUCUGGUCAAAAGAUCUUCAUAUUCCCUCAGUGCUAUGCUGAGAAGCAGGCCCUCGGUGAAGUGAGCCAGGAUCUCCUGGACACACAGGUGAACCCUGCAGUGUGGGAGAUAAGUGGCCACAUUGUUCUAAAACGGAGGGCGGACUUCGAGGAGGCAUCAGAGGCUUCGGCCUGGAGGCUUCUUGCCGAAGUCUCCCUGUCGGAGGAGCGAUUUGAGGAGGUGAAGGCAUGCAUCUUUCAGGGCACUGGCCUCACUGAAUCUGAUGAAGAGGAUGAAACCAAUGAGGAGUCUCCUUACGCAUCGUCAUCCUCUGCCCCAGUCGCAUCUUCGCACAUACCGGAAGGCUGCCUCGUCCUUCAGUGAGACAGCAAAGAACAUCAGACAUCGAUGGAAUUCACUAGGUUCACACUAGUUGUGUCUGCUGGUGUUACACAGAUCCUGGUGAUUCUACUGUGACUCUUCCUGCCUGCUACUUAUGGCUUGAUCUUUAGCUGUUGUUGUGGGCUUGUUGCUGGUACUCAUACUGUGCAGAGUAUUAUUAAGCACAUGAUGCGUGUUGGCUUGUUUAGAGCUGACAUGGAUUACUGUGUUCAUUUUCUGUCACUGCGGACUGCUUGCGUUGCUUCGAGACUUGUAUUGUUCGUCUCCAAGGUUGCCGUAAGCAUGUUUUGUUCAGACUGUCGUCUGAUUUCCAGCAGGAGAGCUUCAGAAUCACCGAACCA